ACUUCGUGACCACAAAGGUACUGCUGGUUUGAUGACGAUAUGCUGUACUCUCAUUGGAUCCUUUUUUUGAUUUCUUUCUCCCUUUACUGACAUUKAAAAGCAAUUUUACUUUGCUUCAAGACUUUUGUGCCCAAUUUAAAACUUCUCAUUAGGUUCUUUUUUGGCUGAACUCGAAAAUAGCAACAAAUCAAAUCAGGAUUUGGAUUCUCAGAAAGCAUGAAGCUCUUGGAUGUUAUAGCGCGAUCGGAGGCCUUUGUAAAUGCAUUUGUUGGGAAAUUCUCAAUUUUCUGGCGACAUAUGCCAGGUACUUUGGGAAUAAUAAUCGUCGGGAUUUUGACAACGAUCUUGGGUGGUGCCCUUCAAGGUGAAUGGACCCUAGUUCUUGUGUUGGCAUGUAAGCAGUUUGGCAUCAAKAUACCAGCCUCUGCAUCAAUACAGGAUGAGGGAACAGGAUUGUUGGAAAACAUAGGGCUGAAGGAUGUUCGUUGGCAUAUUUUAAUCAAUAUUGCCAGCUCUACACUGAUAUACGUUGCACUUGGUGGAUUCCUGCRGUGGUAUUUCUAUGUCAGGCAAAAGGAUGAACCUGAAAAGUGGAAGUGCCAACCAAAAAGAUUUCUUUCUCAUGAGGAUGCGGUGCACGAGUUUGCACUAGGUGCUUUCAACACCGUCCUUGGUGCAGUAGUCUUUGCAGUGGUUUCCUGUUACAUUGCUAAUGGAGGCUACACAACUGUUUAUUAUGAUCCGCUGGAGCGAGGCUGGGUGUAUCUUGUGUUGUCUACUGUAGGGUUAUUCUUAUAUGAAGAUGGGUGYUUCUAUUACUAUCAUCGCAUGCUCCACUGGCCAUUCGUUUAUAAGACGCUCCAUAAGGUGCACCACCGCUACAAAGCUCCUACAUGCUUUAGCUCCAAUGCAAUGCACCCAGUUGAGUUUCUCGGUUUUCAAGUUUUCAUUACUUUACCAGUGUUCUUGUUCCCAAUCAAUGCAGGUGUGUAUGUUGGCAUGUUACUGUACCUUUACUACUUUGGUAUGAUYUGCCAUUCUGGAAUUAAACUCGACUCAAUCUAUCCUUGGCAACCACCCGUCAUGUUCCAUGAUGACCAUCACAAAUAUGCCAAUUGCAAUUUUGGCUUCAACCUAAUGAUUUUUGACAAACUCCACGGCACGUUACGCAGAAAAGAUGGUUAUUAUGAUGUAGGAGUUUUUGAAGGGAAAGGUCGCCGACAGUACAACCCAGAAGAAAAGAAACUGAAAUCUGAAGAAACGAUGGCAUAUUGAAGGGAGCCAACUUACAGAGCUGAUACAUUAAUCUUGAUAUUGACUAAGCAUCAUCGACUGGAAUGAUCUCAGUGUGAUCUGGAGUCUCUUUUUGAAUAGUGAACGUAAGGCAGGAGGAACCGACGGGGUCUCAGUCUUCUAAAUAACUGUUCUUGUACGAUUUUUUUUCCUGGGAAAGGGAUUUUGAGCUACAUUAAUUGCUACAAUCUCACAAGCAAGUGUGCCUUCCUUUCCUUCUUUG